UCAAGUACGGCGGCGCCUUUUAUGUGCCCUCCUGAAGGAUAAAAAGAUAGACUGGUGAAUUUGGGAUUAGGAAUAGGGUUCGGCUGCUUGUUGAUCGCGAGAUGUUGGAGGUGGUGUUGAACGAUCGGCUGGGGAAGAAGGUGAGAGUCAAGUGUAAUGAUGAUGAUACUAUCGGUGACCUGAAGAAGCUGGUGGCGGCGCAGACCGGCACCAGAGCUGAGAAGAUUAGGAUACAGAAGUGGUAUACCGUCUACAAGGAUCAUAUCACUCUUAAGGACUAUGAGAUCCACGAUGGCAUGGGUCUCGAGCUCUACUACAACUAAAAGAGGAACAUAUGAUAAUGCUGAUAGUUGGCGAAUUUAUGAUACCAAAGGUCCAAAAGAAAGUGGGAGAGUCAUAGCUGUGAUGUGUACUUGGUGAGAAAAGAUAUCUGUAUUUGCAAUUUUACCACUUAAAUUAUUGUUUCAGCCCUCCAUGAUUUCACAGUUAAAAAUAUUAGUUAAUUGCAGAAUGAACUUUAGAAAACAAAAUAGUGAUUUGUCCAUGUUUUAUUGUUCCUUGAUUUUGUUCAGGCACAUGGUCUGAUUAUUGUGCACAACAUGCAGUGUAUCCAUUUUCAGGGAAAAAUAAAAAGGUUAAAUGAGCUACCAGAUAAUUCCUGAGGCAAAAUGCAGUUUUUAAGAGGGAUUCGUUAGUUUUGUUGGAAAUUAGGAACUGAAUUUGAAGGAAUUAAAGCUCUCUUGCAUUUUAAGUCUUUACUAUGUAUGACUAAAGAUUGUCUCCCACCCCCUCUCCCUACCCAAAAGAAAAAAGAAAAAAAAAAAAGAAGAAGCUUUCAAAUAUGCAAAGUAAUAGCUAUUAGAGCUGAAUUAAGGGGAUGUAAGCUAUUGAUUUCUCAGAUAUGGAAAAGUUUGAGUGAGAAAUUGUGUAUCUGUACUGCCCAGGAAAGUUCUCGACAAUUGGGAUGGAUAGACAAAUUAUCUGCAUUAUUUACUUCUUUGUUGGUCUAAAAUCGUGGAUUAGGGGCAAUGAGAUAGAGAACUUAGAAUUUUGUUGUCAUCAUUAUUUUUACGCGUAUUCCUUUUUCAAUGGUGCUAGGAGUAACACAUCCUCGUAAAUAGUAAGUUUAUAGAAAUGUACAAUAUGGCUUUCUCUUUCCAUCUCUCUCACACAUUCAUAUGCGUUUAUUUUUUUGAAAAUGGUACAUAUGCUCAGUUCUUAUAUAUGUGAAUUAACUUGAUAAUAAAGGGAAAUAAAAAAGAGGGGGGAGGGGAGGUAUGGAGUAUGAGAUUUUAUUUUCACUAUCUCUAGAACUAACAUCUUCUGGUGAAUAGCUGCUUGUAUUGAUCUAUAUGCAUAUUGUCUCUCACCCACAAAAAACAGGAUGCAUCUGUGUGAGAACAUGGCAUAUGUACUCACGGUUUGUACAUGUAUGAAUUGCUUAAGAAAAAAUAAUAGGAAAAUUGCUGACAUGGUCACUGGUUGUUUGUCCAAUAUCAUUCAACUGGUACAUCUAACUAGAAACAACUAAAUUGGAAGAAGCAACACUACUUGCACACACAGUUGUAUGCUGGCAGUUGUAGUCCCCGUGGUAUGUUAACCUGUCAUCUUUUC